GGCAUGAGACUACGUAAAAACAUGGCGGCCUCCAUUAGUAACAUAUUCAGGAGGAGUACUUCUUUCAUUGGAAAAGUUAAUUCAUUUGCUUGUCUGCAUUAUAAACAAACCAAUAUUUAUGUAAAUAGAAUAGUUGAAAUAAAGAAUAAUUAUUCAUUUCAAUUUAAACCCUUUUCUACAAAUUUAAGAAAUAUCCAAGAAUCAAAACCAGUUAUCUCUCUUAUCCCCUACAUGUCAAGUUUUUUACAACCAAGAAAAUAUGAUAUGCAAAUAUUGAGAAAUGUUACUAAAUAUUCAUUAGUGAAAGGAAAGAGAAAAACAGUGAAAGCUGUUAAACGUCGAUUUCUUCGACUAAAUUCUGGAUAUUGGAUAAGACCCAAAUCUGGACGUGCUAAACGUUUACAUAAAAAAUCAGCUGGAAGAAGAUAUAGACUUCGUCGGCAUGUGUUUUGCAAUGCCGAACAUUGCAAAAUACUGGAUAAAAUGGUAUCUGCAUAUUGGAAAAGACCAAGGUAUUAUGUAGAUGAUCCAUAUAAUCCUUAUCAAGAACGUCAUGGCUUAUUAACAUCUUUUUCAAGGCGUAAGAGAUGGCAUGAAAAAAAUUAAAGUAAAAGAAAAUUUUAUAAUAGUUUUUUAUCUUAGAAAUACUGUAACACUUCUAGGAUGUAUGGACAUAUAGUAAAAAUAUACUCUAUCAGUUCUAUUUCAAUAUUGAAAUUAAGAAAUUUAUUUAUGAUUUAAUAAAAUCAAUUGUAUAACAAAAUUGAGUCCUACAGUAUAUGAAUCUGUCAAUACUCUUCAUGAAUAUCAUUUCAUGAAAAUUAUUGAUUUCUGUAUUAUUGAAAUUGCCAUUUAAUAAAAUUUUCACUCUGACUGAAGAACUAGAAAAUGUACUUGUUAGAUUCAUAUCACACAUUUUUUAAUAAAAAUUUUACCUCUGAUAGUUUGUUACCUUUAAAU